AAUUGGUAACCCUUCAUUAUUUUUCUAGAAAGUUGCUCAGGCAUGCAGACCAGUAUACCAUUAGGUUUAGAGAUUCACAUGUUCAUUUUGUUUCAGUUUUAAUUGUGAAACAACUUUUGAUUUUGUUGUUAAAUCCUCUUGGCAGUCACGUGUAUAAGUAUUGUAUGCUUCCUAUUACCCUUCAUUUAUUGUUAGUUAAUUUCUCUUGGAAACUAAUCUCUUUCAUUUCCUUCCGAAACCUAAGCUCAUCUGUCACCCUGUCAAGACAGGAAGAGAGGGACACACGGAAGAUCUGCUGCAACAGGUGCUUCGUCAACUAAUCCUGUUUGAGGAGCAGCGAGGUCAUCAGUCAAAUCCCCAUAAGAGCAGACAGUGACAGUGCAGAGGUGUGUACUGGGAGCAAUGCAACGAUCGGACUCUACUACGCUCUACAUCUUUUACAAAUGAUACCAUCAGCUGAUCGUGUCUACAGGAGAUACGUCUUGCAGAGCCUGGGAAACACCACCUGACAACAACACAGACAACACCAGCACAAGACAACUCUUGAAAUGGAUUCCCUCAUGUCGCUGGGCGCGCCCCUGAAGCAGUUCACCAGCUGUGUGUCAGGGAAGAACGCCUCCACCAAGAGAGGGGCCGAGAGGAGCCAGUCUGUCCGCAGAAGCAGCUUCACCCGCAGGAAGAGCGUCAGCAGGAGGAGAAGCCUUCCCUGCAGCAGCCAGAAAGUCCCGGACUCCUGGCUCAGAAUGUACCAGGCUGAACUGAAGAGAGAAAGGAAACGACAGCAAGCCAUACUGGCCAAGAAGAACGCAGAGAGGUCGGUCAGAAGAACUCACUUCAGGAGCCACCACUGCCUCCCAAGGCAGACCACCACUGCCAGGAAACCAGCCCCAGCUAAGGACGAUUCCUUCUUCGGAGCCUUCCAAGGCCUCAGUCUGGACGGACUGAUGGGAGGUAGUAAUGGCUCUCCUGCUGUCGCUGCUUCUGGAGGAGAUCAGUGCAAAGUCAUGUGACGCCUAACAUUUAAGGACAAUCAGACUGUUUAAAUGAUCCUCAUGCUCAAGAGACUUGAAUGACAAAGGGCUCAUGGAGGAAAGGUGACUUAAAAUAAAACAGAGGCCCACACCUUUUUAUAACUCAAGAAAAGGGGGAAAUAAACUUCUUUGUAUUAGCCUUCACAUUUUUACCUUCUUAGAAAAGUUAAUAUUGCUUGUUCCUGAGGGUUGUUUUGCAAAUUGUACUCUGUAUCAAUCUGUGUGACUACUUGUCUGCUAGAUGAGCAGAACUGUUUUAGUGAAAUAUGAAGGUUAUAAAAUUGAGCAAAUCUCUGA